AUGUCGUGUUCCCUCGUCUCCUUGUCCCCCGGCGUGCCUCCGCUGAUCCUCCCUUGGUCGAAAACCUUAUGUAUCCCGUCCGACACCACGCCAACUCUCCUCAUCCGCCUCUCGCUCUCCCUGUACCAUUCGACGCGCUUCAACCUCUCGCCGUCUAGCAUGCAUUUCCUGCUCGGUCUUCCUGCGCACCUUGUCCAACACCCAACAAAACCUCUCUCUGCCUCUCUUGCCUUUGCACUUCGCCCCCCGUACCACGCCGCUCAUGCCCCUCCCGUCGAUCCCUCUAACGCUCCUGAUUUGCUUCGCCCUCAGCUGCCCUCGCAUGCUCUUUCGUUCGCCGCUCACGAACGACACUUAACCUCUCUGCUUCAUCCCUCUGUAUUGCCAAUAGCUUUUCGCGCUCGAGCCUUUGCAGCUCCUGCCUUCGACGUUCGCUUUCUGCCUUUUUCCGCUCCCGUUCUUUCCUCUGCCGUGCCUCAUCCUUUUCACGCUCCACCCGCCUAUCCUCCUCCCUCUUCCUCUCUUCCUCCUCCCUCUGCUGCUUCUCCUCCUUUUCGCACUCCUCCCGCCUAUCCUCCUCCCUCUUCCUCUCUUCCUCCUCCCUCAGCUGCUUCUCCUCCUUUUCGCGCUCCACCCGCCUAUCCUCCUCCCUCUUCCUCUCUUCCUCCUCCCUCUGCCGCUUCACCUCCUUUUCGCGCUCCUCCCGCCUAUCCUCCUCUCCCUUCCUCUCUUUCUCCUCCCUCUGCCGCUUCUCCUACUUUUCGCGCUCCUCCCGCCUAUCCUCCUCCCUCUUCCUCUCUUCCUCCUCCCUCUGCCGCUUCUUCUUUUCGCGCUCCUCCCGCCUAUCCUCCUCCCUCUUCCUCUCUUCCUCCUCCCUUUGCCGCUUCACCUCCUUUUCGCGCUCCUCCCGCCUAUCCUCCUCCCUCUUCCCCUCUUCCUCCUCCCUCUGCCGCUUCACCUCCUUUUCGCGCUCCACCCGCCUAUGCUCCUCCCUCUUCCUCUCUUCCUCCUCCCUCUGCCCCUUCACCUCUUUUUCGCGCUCCACCCGCCUAUCCUCCUCCCUCUUCCUCUCUUCCUUCUCCUCUAGCCGCUUCUCCUCCUUUUUGCAUCCACCCGCCUAUCCUCCUCCCUCUUCCUCUCUCCCUUCUCCUCCAGCCGAUUCUCCUCCUUUUCGCGCUCCACCCGCCUAUCCUCCUCCCUCUUCCUCUCUCCCUCCUCCCUCUGCCGCUUCACCUCCUUUUCGCGCUCCUUCUGCCUAUCCUCCUCCCUCUUCCUCUCUUCUUCCUCCCUCAGACGCUUCUCCUCCUUUUCGCGCUCCUCCCGCCUAUCCACCUCCCUCUUCCUCUCUUCCUCCUCCCUCUGCCGCUUCUCCUCCUUUUCGCGCUCCCCUCGCCUAUCCUCUUUUCCGCGCUCCACCCGUCCCUCGUCCUCGAGGCUCUUCCGCUCCCGUUCCUCCCUCUUCUUGGCAUCCUCCUUUUCGCGUGCCACUUGCCUCUCGUUUUCGAGCCUCUUCCGCUCCCCUUCCUCCCUCUCCCUUUCACUCGCCUCUCGCCCAUCGUCCUCAAGCCUCGUACGGUUCUCUUCCUCCCUCUGAUGCGCCUCAUUCUCCUUGCGUGCUUCCCGCCCCGCAUCAUACCUCUUCUUUGUCCGAGCCUCCCGCCGCUGAUAUACCAAGCUACUCUUCUCGCGUUCCGCCCUCUGCACCUCGUCCUCUUUUUCGCCCCCGACAUUAUGACUCACCAGCCUCUAUUCCAAACCCUGCUCCUGCCCCUCUGCAUUCUCGAUCUGCAGGUGCACUGCCUCUAA